CAACGGCUUACCGGGAGAUGACACAGUGAAUGAUCUUUCGUGGCAAUGAAAAGCAUUUCGACCGUUCGGAGUGGCAAUUGAAGCUUCUCUUUCUUUGUCACCUUUGGACGACACACAAACAAAAACAACAAUGAAGGGUCUUGUACUGUAUCUUUGUGUCUUGGCGUUGGUCGGCUUGGGGCUUGUCCAGGAGGCAGCCGCCACGAAGAGGCAUUUGAGGGGUUACCGAAAGGAAAAGGGUGUUCGCAAGGGGCGCAUUGUUGUCACGCAUCGAAAGCUCCAAGACGAUAACGAACCGGAGGAAGAAGAAGAAGAGGAAGAGGAAGAAGAAGAAGAAGACAUCUUCUCGUGUCUCGCCAACCAAAUCCUUGAGAACCCUCAACAAUGGAUUGGUGGGGCGGAAUUGGCUGCAUGUUUGCCAGAGCUCAUCACGGGAUUCUUGGAAGGUGACGCCGAGGCCUUGACUACGGUAUUGACUUGUAUUGGAGGAGCCGUGGGUUGCAACCAAGAGGUUCUAUUGAUUCGUCCUAGCCCACCUGGACCACCAGGGCCGCCUGGACAACCAGGGCCGCCUGGACCACCACGACCGCCACAAAAUGAUGGCAUGAUCAAUGCACCUCCCAUUGUGGUAGCCCCUCCCCCUGGCAAUUCUAUGGGUGGUAUGUUUGACGGAAGCAACUAACUAGCUUGUAGGUGUUUCUGUAGCAACUUCUUACUUCUAUGCAUACCGAUACUGGAAUAUAGAUUUCGGUAUACUCUAGCUAGCACUCAGAGUAGAUAUAUAGAUUAUUACUGAGUACUCGAGUAUUGAGUUUGACAAUGCUUUCGUCAGCACAUGGGAACCCACCUCCAUGGUUGUAUGUAUUACAAGCAAACCGACUUCGAUAGUUGUACGUAGUGUUUUACUGGCUGGGUAGCUACCAGUAUCGGUAAACGAAAGAUGGCUACUAGGCAGAGCCCAGAAUCUAGA